AGAACACUACAUUUAAUAUUGAAGAACACUCAGUUGGUCGUUGAAGAACUCUUCAUUGGUGCAAAAGAAGAAACAUGGCGCCUCAAAAGAAAAACAUGAACAUCAGUCAGCGUAUCACUUCAUCUCCAUUCUACAUCACGCUCUACGUGGUUCUGGUGCUGCUGGGGAACGCUGGGAACACUACGGUGAUCGCGGUGGUCGGACAAAGCCUCCUGCGGGAGACUGGAGCCGUGCGAAGCUCUGAUGUCAUUCUGGUCAACAUGGCUUUCUCCAACCUGAUGGUGUCAUUGGUGAGAAACACAGUCCUGAUGGUGUCCGACCUGGGAGUGGAGGUUUUCCUCAGUAGAGAUAUGUGUCAGUUCAUGAUGGGCCUGUGGGUUUGGGUCCGCACUGCUAAUGUCUGGUCGACGUUCUUUCUGAGUGCGUUUCACUUCCAGACUCUGCGUCGGGUCGCUCCGCCUGUCAUUAACCUGCACGGCCCCCGUGGACUCCCCCGAUCCCUCAUCCUGGGCUUCUGCCUCAUCUGGAGCCUCAACCUGAUCUACUCCAUCCCUGCCUUCAUAUUCUCCAAGAACGGAGACGAGAACUCCACAGAGACGCUGAUGUUGGUGAGCAGCACCACUCGUCCACUGCUGGGCUGCAUCUGGGACUUUCCUUCAGCCUACAGUGGCCUGGCCUUCGCAACCUCCUCCAUGAUCCUCCACGAGUCCAUCCCCAUCUGCCUGAUGAACAUCACCAAUCUGGGCUCGCUCUUCACGCUGUACGCUCACGGACACAAGCGCACCGCUGCCAGUCAAAGCGAGGACGCACCGGUGGUCUCCCGCAUCCCUGCAGAGCGGCGGGCCGCUAAAGUGAUUCUGGCCCUCAACAUCCUCUUCAUUUCAUCCUGGGGUACUAAUGUCAUCUCGGUCAACUACUUCAACUAUAACCGUGGACAGUCCACAGAGUACCUGCUCAUCAUUGCUCGAUUCGUUAACAUGAGCUUCAUUGCGUUUUCCCCCAUCAUCCUCGCCGUGGGACACCGGAAGCUCAGGGCCUUCAUAAAGUCAGUCCUGUCGCAUAUAAUCUGACUAACACUCUCCAGAUAGACUGCAACUUCUGUAUCUGGAAAUCUCGGUGUGUAAAUCUGCAUGUUUUGUUUGGGCAUGCUGUUUGAAUGCAGUGAGGACUUCAUCAUGUUGUUGUAAUGUCUGAGAUCCAGCUCUGUGUUUGUGUU